AUGUCGGUGAGCAAUAUCCGCGCCGAUACCUGUAUCAUCGGCGGCGGAGGCGCAGGCGCCUACGCCGCACUCCGCCUCCACCAACACAACAAAACCGUCGUUGUCGUGGAGCAGAGUUCGCAUUUAGGCGGGCACGCACAAAUCUACCAAGGCCCGGCCUCAAACAAUCUGCCCAUCGACUACGGGCUGGGGUUCGAGGGUCUGCCGGACCCCGUGCCGGAGGAGCUGGUCGCCCCGUUCGGGUCCACCAUGCGCAAAUACCGCCUGGAAGCGGCCGUUGAUGACCUCGGACGUUCUGGCGGCACUUCUAUACGGGCACGUGUCGCCACGGAGCGGCAGAUCGCUGAGCUGUAUCGAGCCAUGGCGGCGAGAUCGGCUCGGACGCUUUUGCUGUUCAACAGCCGAGUGGUGAGGGCAAUGGAACGCGAUCCGGACGAUGGGCGAGUGGUCCUCGACGUUGUCACCUCCACUACUAAUACUACUACUCCCACCACGCUGGGAAAAGACUUUCGCAGGACCAACUCACGCCAGCGCAUUCGAGCUAAGACAGUCCUUAUCGCCGUUCUCCCCUUACCCGAGAACCUGGAACCUUUCCUCGACCCAAACGGGACCGAGCAGGCUCUCUUCGCGCAGUUCAAGUACGCCUGCCUGUACUCGGGGGUACUCCAGAUCGAGGGAUUACCGCCCAACGUCGGCUAUGAGAAUCGUGGCGUGGACGAUCCUUUUCUGCUUCCGCAUCUCCCGGGGAUCCUGGUGAUGCGUCCCACGCGGGCACCGAACGUUUACACUGUUAUGUAUGGGAGUCCUCGACGGUUGUCGGAGGAAGCCGUCAAGAGGGAGAUCCGCGAGGGGCUUCGGAGCAUCCACCGCAAGAUAGGCGGCAAUGUCUCCGAGCUGGAGUUCCUGGUGCUGGCCGACCACAGCCCGUACGGGAUGAGGGUCUCCGAAAAGGCCAUUGCGGGCGGGUUCUACCAGCAACUGGCUGCGUUGCAGGGCCGUCGGAGACUAUAUUACACAGGGUAG